AUGUCGCGCGAGAUCAAGACAACGCUGUUGUACUUCUACUUUCUGAUCCAAGGAUGCAGAUACUCUUCAAGGGAAACUAGAGCCUCGAGAGGGCAGCACAGGUUCAAAGAACACAAGCGGGCACUUCGUCAGUUCGCUGCUGCGCUGAUGUAUGGAGUACCAAGGGUCCUGGUCUCAGACAAUGGGACUCAAUUCACAAACAAAAGGAUAGAAGAUUUUUGCUCGCGCAUGGAUAUCAUUCAAAGAUUCGUAUCAGUCGCCCAUCUUCAAGCUAACGGACAAGUUGAGUUAGCAACCUGUACAGUCUGCGAAGGAAUUAAAAAGAGGCUAGAGAAAAGCAAGGGGCGCUGGGCCGAGGAAUUAGACACGGUACUAUGGGCACUCAGGACUAGUCCAAAGACAGCCACGGGAGAGGCUCUGUUUACUCUGGUCUAUGGAUCUAAUGCAGUGAUUCCGGCUGAGAUAAGGCUAGAAUCUCAUCGGGUGAUCAAUUACGAACCCACACAAAAUGAGGAGAUACGUCGCCUGGAUUUGGACAUGGUGGAAUUGAAGAGAGAAGAAGCCCAGGUAAGGGCGGCCAAAUAUAAAAGCAUAAUCAAAGCGGAAUACGACAGGAAGGUCCGACAGCGCAGGUUUUGGAAAGGAGACUUGGAACUGAAGAGGGCGGAUGUAUUAAAGCCCAUGGGAAAAUUUGAGUCCAAUUGGGAAGGGCCUUUCAUCAUUACAGAAGUCUUGGGAGGUGGUGCUUACCACCUAUCAGAUCAGAAUGGGAGGCCUCUCAUCAGGCCUUAG